AUGCGUACCUUAUUUCCCGGAAAGCCUGUAACCGGUCUUGCGCGAUGCAUUCGAACGAGCAACGUGCCUGCCUCCACGAGACUGCGCUUUAGUUCAACAUUGCAAGCACAGGCACAAGUCAAGACUGAUCCAAGCCCCUCACUACCACCUCUCUCUAUCUUACCCGCGCAUGUCUUGCUCAGAUCUCUGCUGGUCUCUACGAUAUCGUCGAAGAGAUUCCUCCUCAUACCCGCGCUUUCCUUUAUGUCCUUCCUCUCCAAACCUAACAGGAUCUGGCUCUUUGAUGUGGAUCGGAAUCCGAUCCUGCAUGGAAUUUUAAAGAAAACGUUCUACAACCAAUUCUGCGCCGGAGAGAAUGCGGCAGAAUGCAGAUCUACCAUCCGGGAAAUGAAAGAUAUGGGCUUCCGCGGUGUGAUUUUGACUUACGCUGCUGAGACUGUGUUUGAUCAUAGUACUCAGGCUCAGCACGGACAGGGCGUUGCUGCUUUGAAAAGCGAGGAUGGGAACGUGUCGAUUAAUGCUCCGGUCUCCCAAUGUCCCAGCAUCGAAGCUUGGCGGAAGGGAACAGUCGAGACCAUCGACAUGUCAGAUGCAGAAGAUUACCUCGCAGUCAAAUUGACAGGUGCUGGCAUCAAAGCCACCGAGGCCUUCGCCGCUGGAGAUUUGCCUCCGCAGCAAAUGAUGGACGCACUGGAUGAGAUCUGCACCAAGGCCAAAGACCGAAAAGUUCGCAUCCUCGUCGAUGCCGAGUCUCAGCAUUUCCAAAAGGGCAUUGCACGGGUCGCUGUUGAACUCAUGCGCAAAUACAACCGCGAUGGUUAUGCAACUAUCUACAGUACCUACCAGGCCUACCUCAAAAGCACACCAGCGACACUGGCCAACCAUCUAACUGUGGCAAGCGAAGAUGGAUUCACUCUCGGCCUCAAGCUCGUGAGGGGCGCAUACAUGGCCACCGAUGAACGGUCCCUGAUCCACGACACGAAAGAAGACACCGACAACGCUUAUAAUAUGAUUGCUCAGGGGGCGCUGAGAAAGAACAUUGGAGAAUUUGGAGACAAGGGCAGCCGCGAAUUCCCCUCGGUAAAUCUCUUCCUGGCAAGUCAUAACAAGGAGAGUGUGGUCGCUGCCCAGAAGCUCUAUAAGCAUCGUGUCACGUCGGGCUUGCCCACCGUGCCUGUGCGCUUCGCCCAACUCCAUGGUAUGUCGGAUGAAGUUAGCUUCACGCUGCUCCAGAUGAAUGACGGCGAUGGGACACCGGAGGUUUACAAAUGCUCGACUUGGGGAGAUAUGGGUGAAUGUCUGGCCUAUCUUCUGCGUCGAGCAAUCGAGAAUCGUGAUGCUGUUCUGCGGACAGAUAAUGAGUAUCGGGCGUUGAAGGCGGAGGUUUUCCGCAGAGCCAAGUUGACGUUUUCUCUUUCGCCAUCUUCAUAG